AUGUUCGUACCAAAAUUAUUCAUUCAUUUAUUGCUGCUGGGUGCGGCUGUUGCUGCCACUCAAGGCGGGUGGACGAAUGGGCCAUCAGCUACUGGAACUAAAGACCCCAAUGCUGCUGUGGGAUGUGAUUAUUGGGUGAAUGAUGUUCAAUACAGCGACACUUGUGAUGCAGUAGUGGACUUCUUUGGAAUCUCACUAAAGCAAUUCGUUUCCUGGAAUCCCUCCCUGAAGUAUGACUACUGCGUACUGGUACCUAAAUGGAGUUACUGUGUGUCUGGUCCGGCCGGAACAGCUUCUAUGGGUGGUAAUAGUACUGGGGCGACCUCAGCUAGUAGCUUUAGCUUCGCUGGCACUGCUGCGCCAACCCAGAGUGGAAUCGCAAAGUCUUGCACCAAUUACCAUCUGGUGCAGAAUGGGGACUCUUGCAACAGCAUUCAAGACAUGUAUAUGAACUUCACUCUGAGUCAAUUCUACAGCUGGAAUCCCGCUAUUUCCAAGGGCUGCAAGGGACUGGUUAACGGUGACUUUGUUUGUGUGGCUGCGAAGUCAUCUCCAUCUGCGUCUGCGUCUGCCAGCUCAACCUCUGCCUUCCCAACUCAGACUGGGGUUGUUCACGAUUGCAACAAGUGGCACUAUGUAUCUGGAAAGGAUGACUGUGACUCAAUUCAAGCGGAAUAUGAUCUCACGCCAGCACAGUUCUAUCAUUUGAACCCUGCAACCGGUUCUAAGUGCAACAACCUCUGGCGUAAGACUAAUGUUUGCGUUGGUGAGCCAGGGCUCACGCCCUCUGCUACCAUCACCGCCACUGGCUCAUCCAGCUCGACAUCUGCUUUCCCAACUCAGACUGGAGUAGCUUCGGACUGCAACAAAUGGCACUACGUGUCUGGCGAUGAUGACUGCGCUUCCAUCGAGAAGCAGUACGAUCUUACCACAGCGGAGUUCUAUAAAUUGAAUCCCGCUACUGGAUCCAACUGCACCAAUCUGUGGCGUAAAACUAACGUUUGUGUCGGCGCACCUGGAACGACAUCCUCCUAA